CAAGAUUCCCAUCAUAAUUUUUCGAAUUUUUAUUUUCAUAAUCAUCUUCUAUUGCAGGGGUGACAGGAAGUUUUGAUGAUGGCAACGUAGCAGGGUCAGCUUUACGGCGGUCACGUUGAUCAGAAGCCUCUGAAGAUGAUGCUGGCUGACGGGAAGUUUUGGUGAUGGCAUCGUAGCAGAUGGAAGAUAUACCGAAGUAUCAGCACAUACACUCAAAUUCACAAGAACAUAUACUCCGAGGGUAAUAAGACUAGCUCCAGAGGAAACAAUGUUGAGAACUUCAAUCCUAUUUUUACUGAAAAUGGAAACACUCAGCUUAACUCAAGAAUCAUUUGAUUCAUACAAUGCUUUGUUGACGUUUAUCACUGACUGGAGCGAUGAAACAAAAGAUACAUACACGAUGUUACGUGGGGAUCGUUUAUAUCUUUCUGACUUAAAAAAUAUGAACAUAGACGACGCAGAAAAAAAAAAAUUGAUCGCUAAAUUUCAAUAUAAAAAUAUUAGCUACAAAUGCAAAUUAGGAGCUGCAACAAAAUCGGGUCAAUCGACCGGUCAGCGAAUGACUAGUACUUACAAUCAUGACUGUGGCUUUGUCAUCAAGAUUCAUUUCGAUAAAGCUGCAAUGAAAUUAGUAGUCUUUGAAAGUAAUUUAAAUCAUGAAAAUCAUCCUGUUCACUACAAGGAGCUACGAUCUACUCUCCCGGAACACCGAAGACUAUCAGAUGAAACUAAAAAGCAAACAAUUCAAAUGCUGUCAUUAGGAGCUAAGACGAGACUAGUGAAAAACGAUCUUGCUGAAAGGAAAAAGAAAGUAGUGACCAAAAAGGAUUUACAAAACUUGAAAUCUUCAUGUAAAGGAGACUUGGAAAAUACUUUGGAGUCUUUCGUAAAUUUAUUAAAAAACGACUACAAGUGCUCAAUCCAUGUUCUUCAAGAAGAAGAAACUAAUCAGUUUAAAGGCAUUUAUUUCUGCAAUGACGACAUGAAAAAAUCUAUGGAAGCCUACCCAGAAAUGAUUUUUAUGGAUGGCACUUAUAAACUAUUUAAACUCAAUUUUAUAUUGUUUUUAUUGAUGGUUCAGACAGGGAAUGGCCGAGGAGAAAUAGUUGGAGCAGCUGUCAUAAAAAAUGAAGAUGCUGGUACAUUGGAAUGGGUGGCACGCUGUUUUAAGCAUGAAAAUUCAAAUGCUUGCAGCAGAAUUAGAUGUUUUAUGUCGGAUAAGGACCUUAAUGAACGAAAUGCUUUUAUUAAAGUGUUUCCUCGAAAUAUAAAAUUUUAUUUGUGUUUAUUUCAUACAUUGAGAACAUUCGAAAGAAAUAUUAAAAAGAUGAGUCUAGAAAACGAAGAGAAGUUAAAAUACUUAGAAAUUUUCGAAAAAUUAGCAAAGUCUGAAACCGAAAGUCAAUACGUUCAUUUCUAUGAAAUGUUAUGUGAAACAGCACCAGAUUGUGUAUUAAAUUACUUUAAUAAAAAUUGGCACAGGAACAAAGAGGAGUGGUCAACGUACAGUAUGGUCGAAGGAAAUUACGGUAAUUUGACAAAUAACAUAGUUGAAAGUACAAAUAAGCAAAUGAAAGCGGUAGCUGAACUUCGAGGUACUCUGUGUAGUUUUGGUAAAAACUUUUUCGCUUUAUUAAAAUCUCAAAAUCAAGAAACAAACUUACAGGCUGCAACAAACUAUAUGAAGCGAUUAAAUGUAAACAAUUCAGAAGAAGGCAGUAUUCAGCGAGAAUAUGCGAAUUAUUUAACUUCAUUUGCAUAUAAAAAAAUAUCCAAAGAACUGAACGCAUAUAAAAAAAUCGUCAUUAGUAAUUACUCUCCAGAUACUGAUGAAUCGACAAUAUCCACAAACUUAAACACUUACGUAACAUCAUCGAACUUAUGUAAUUGCCACUUUUUUCAAAGCAACAAUUUGCCAUGUCGCCAUAUUAUGGCUCAUCGUGCGUUUGUGGAUAAACCGAUAUUUGAUAAUAAACUAUGCGCUAAUAAAUGGUCGAAGGAGUAUGGAGUACAACAAUUGAGCAAUGAAAAAUAUUAUGAAGUAACUGCUGAGCCCCACGAAACAUCGAGCAUAAGCAGUCCAACAAUUAGCAAAAUACCUGUACGAAGUAAAAAAACAGCAUCGCAGAGACGGCAAGCCUUAAAAGAACGUGCAAAUGAAUUGGUUGAAAUCGGCAGCUUAUCAACAGGAGAAUUGUAUAAACAAAAGGAAGAACUAUUGGAUAAAUUGAUAGAAGGAUGGCGUCAAGGGCGUAUUGGUAGAAUCGUUUUUGAAGAUGAUUUACAGGACAGCUCUUCGCAAAAAAAAAUGGAUGCAACAGGAGAACAAGUAAAGAAAAACGUAUCAGCGAUACAAGAAAUCAUAAUGCCAAGUCCAGUACAAGUAAGAGGAAAACCGAAAGGAGUAAACCGAACAACAACAGGAUUUUACCCGAGGAAAAAAGACAAACUUUGAUCACAUUGUUAACUCAUGUAAUGCGAAGAAAUACUAGAGCUCAUGUAAGUUUUGAAAACCCGUGACUUUAACGUUGAAAUCGAUAUAGAGGUAAUUAUUUACUUACCUGAUGUCGAAUUAUUAUUUCUAACAACAGUAUGCAUUCAUUGCAACGCUGUUGUUAUAUUUACUUGUUUAUACUAAUUGUAAAAUAUAAUUUUAUAGUAAAUAUAUGAUAAGAUACUUAUCCGAGGAAGCCGUGACUAUAAGGUUUAACUUAACAUUCCGGUAAUUAUUUAAUUAUUUCUAACGACAGUAUGCAUCUAUUUCGUUGCUGUUGUUAUAUCUAUUUAUGAUGAUUGAAUAAAUAUAAUUUGAUAAUAAAUGUAAUAAGAUAUACUUAUCAGAGCAACCCGUGACUAUAAGAUUCAACUAAUUAU